AUGCCAUCACCGGCAACAGUCAUGGAAAUGCAAAGACUCGUUGGGCGGUUAGCAGCUCUAAAUAGAUUUUUGGCCAAUCAUGCGGCAAAAUCUUAUCCAUUUAUCAGUACGCUGCGAAACUGCGGAAAGAAAACUCCUUUUCAAUGGACACCUGAAGUAGAAGCAGCAUUCAAGCAAAUGAAAGAAUAUUUAAUCCAGUUACCAACGCUGACUGUGCCAAAAGAAAAGGAACCAUUAAUCUUAUAUCUGUCAGCCGCGGAGGUAGCAGUAGGCACAGUAUUAAUGGUAGAGCGGGAAAAUAUCCAGACUCCAAUCUACUACAUCAGCAAAAUGCUCACCGGCCCUGAAACUCGUUACUCAAUGAUAGAAAAACUGGUUCUAGCGCUAGUACACGCAUCCAGACGUUUGCGCAGGUAUUUUUCAGGCCAUGUCAUCACAGUACUAACAAAUUAUCAUUUGGGCCAAAUCUUGUCAAAACCCGACAUAGCGGGGAGAUUAGCUAAAUGGGCCAUCGAGCUAGGAGGCUACAACAUUUUUUACAAACCAAGACCAGCAAUCAAAGGGCAAGUUCUAGCAGACUUCGCCACUGAAGUUCCUAUUGAUAAAGUACAAGAAUGUGAGGCAAUCCAGAACCCGACACCUGUUUUUGACGACAGAGUCUGGACCUUACACACCGAUGGUGCUUCCAAUGACGACGGAGCAGGAGCAGGUCUCCGAUUAGUCAGCCCGGAUAAUCACGAACUCACAUAUGCUAUCCGCUUAGAUUUCCAAAGUACCAACAAUGAAGCAGAAUACGAAGCAUUUUUAGCAGGUCUUCGUCUAGCACUCAAGAUGGGGGCAAAAAACCUCGAAGCGAACGUCAACUCAAAACUAGUAGCUGAACAAGUUAACGGUCGUUAUGACACGAAGGGCGAGGCUAUGGCGUUGUACCUUGAACAAGAACGGAUGUUAAUCAAUCAAUUUCAGACAUUCAAAGUCAAUCACAUAAACAGAAGUGAGAACAAACAUGCUGACGCGCUAAGCAAGUUAGCUGCUACCAGCUUUAAACACCUAGCAAAGGAAGUGCGCAUAGAGGUACUAUCCAACCCUUCCAUUCACCUAAAGCAAGUAAGCGUCAUAGAGAUGGGAAAUCCGUCUUGGAUGUCUCCAAUUAUUUUGUACCUUCAACACGGAAAACUUCCGGAAGGAAAGGCAGAAGCCCGAAAAAUACAACACAAAGCAAUAAACUACGAGAUGGCAGAUGGCGUCCUUUAUCGGGAAUCAUUCAUGGGUCCAUUACUACGUUGUGUUGAUAAAACAGACGCUCAGUAUCUGGUCAGAGAAAUCCACGAGGGAUUAUGCGGGAUACACGCAGGACCGCGCAUGGUCGUGGCAAAAAUAAUGAACGCCGGAUACUACUGGCCAGGAAUGCACAUGGACGCAGUUGAUCUAUUACGAAGAUUUGGGUUACCAUUGCGCAUUAUUUCUAACAAUGGUACAAACUUUGCCGCGGAAGACCUUCAAAAAUGGUUCAAAGAAAUGAACAUUGAGCACAGCUUCGCCUCCGUCGCGCAUCCUCAAGCGAAUGGCCAGGUAGAAAGCAUAAACAAACAAAUCGUUGACGGUAUAAAAGCACGACUUGGGACAGCGCGCAGAGGGUGGGUUGACGAGCUUCCCAGCAUUCUCUGGGCGCAUAGAACAAUGCCAAAGACUAGCACCGGAGAAACCCCGUUCAGUCUAGUCUAUGGGUCAGAGGCCGUCAUUCCAGCUGAAAUAGGCCUACCUUCACCGCGCAUGUUGGCUAUGGAGAAACAGGACAAUGAACAAGAACGGAGGCUGGAUUUGGAGCUUCUGGAAGAAAGGCGCGAGAACGCGGCCAUAGCAGAAGCAAGGUACAAAUCCAAGCUAGAGAAAUAUUACAACGCGCGUGUGCGUAUUUGCACUUUUGUCCCCGGAGAUUUUGUCUUACGCGACAACGAGGCUUCAAACGCCGAAAAACCCGGAAAAUUAGCGCCAAGGUGGGAAGGACCGUACGUCAUUAACGAAGUCUUAGGCAAGGGGGCAUAUACCCUAAAAAGGGUCGAUGGGACUCUAGUUCCCCGCACCUGGAACGCGCAACAGUUGCGCAGGUGUUGCAUGUGA